GCAGAGAGCCGAGCCGCUGCAGCUGCGGUGGCUGCAGCCAAGGCUUGAGCGGUGGGGAGGUGGGUCCCCGCGCUCCGGCGCCGGGGCAGCCCAGGGCCCUCUCGGAGGCCUGAGGGCAGGCCCACAGGGAGGAGGUGGCGGCUGUGGCGCGGGAACGGCGACCUUGGCUGGACGGAGCCAGCCCGCGGUGGACGUUGGGCGAGGCCGAGCCCCGCCAGGAGUCUUUGCGGAGCCGGAGGGGGAGGCGCAUCUGGCGCUUGGGUUCCCGCGGCAGUGGCGGGGCUGAGCUGUUGGAGGCGCGCAGUGGGAGCUGGGGAGUGCUAACCCUGCGUCCAGAAGCCCAGUCUCAGGCACGGAGGUGAGGGGGUGAAGCGCCGUCUUUUCGGGCACCCGGUGUCACACGCGCCAGUGUGCGAUUUCAGGUAUCCCAGUAAGCUCCAGCCCCAGGCGCGGACCGCUGGAGGCGCGGGGCCAAUCCUCUGCGCCCAGGGCACCUCCCCGGACCUACCCUUGCAGGGACCAGGGGUAUAGGGCUCACGGAUCCCACCGCAGGUCAGCCCGCGAGCUCGGAGGAGCGCGGGCCCCACCCUAGACAGAGGGCGCCGCCGGCGCUGGGAAGCGCUGCCGCUCCAGAGGUGGCAUCGGGGGCGCUGUUGCCGUGGCGGGGAGCGCACCGCGGAGAGGACAUGAGAUCGGAGAAAUCCCUGACGCUGGCGGCGCCGGGGGAGGUCCGCGGGCCGGAGGGCGAGCAACAGGAUGCGGGAGACUUCCCGGAGGCUGGCGCGGGCGAGGGCUGCUGUAGCAGCGAGCGGCUGGUGAUCAACAUCUCCGGGCUGCGCUUCGAGACUCAACUGCGCACCCUGUCGCUGUUUCCCGACACGCUGCUGGGAGACCCUGGCCGCCGCGUCCGCUUCUUCGACCCGCUGAGGAACGAGUACUUCUUCGACCGCAACCGGCCCAGCUUCGACGCCAUCCUCUACUACUACCAGUCGGGGGGCCGGCUGCGGAGGCCGGUCAACGUGCCCCUGGACAUCUUCCUGGAGGAGAUCCGCUUCUACCAGCUGGGGGACGAGGCCCUGGCCGCCUUCCGGGAGGACGAGGGCUGCCUUCCCGAGGGCGGCGAGGAUGAGAAGCCUCUGCCCUCCCAGCCCUUCCAGCGCCAGGUGUGGCUGCUCUUCGAGUACCCGGAGAGCUCGGGGCCCGCCAGGGGCAUCGCCAUCGUCUCGGUGUUGGUCAUCCUCAUCUCCAUCGUCAUCUUUUGCCUGGAGACUUUGCCCCAGUUCCGUGCAGAUGGUCGAGGUGGUAGCAAUGGUGGUGGUGUGAGCAGAGUCUCCUCAAUUUCCAGGGGGAGUCAGGAGGAAGAAGAGGAUGAAGACGAUGCCUAUACCUUUCAUCCUGGCAUCACCCCUGGGGGAGUGGGCCCCUCCUCACUAAGUACUCUCGGGGGCUCCUUCUUUACCGACCCCUUCUUCCUGGUGGAGACCCUGUGCAUCGUUUGGUUCACGUUUGAGCUCCUGGUGCGUUUCUCCGCCUGCCCCAGCAAGCCCGCCUUCUUCCGCAACAUCAUGAACAUCAUCGACUUGGUGGCCAUCUUCCCCUACUUCAUCACCUUGGGCACGGAGCUGGUGCAGCAACAGGAGCAGCAGUCAGCCAACGGAGGGGGUGGCCAGAACGGGCAGCAGGCCAUGUCCCUGGCCAUCCUCCGCGUGAUCCGUCUGGUGCGGGUGUUCCGCAUCUUCAAACUCUCCCGCCACUCCAAGGGGCUGCAGAUCCUGGGCAAGACCCUGCAGGCCUCCAUGCGGGAGCUGGGCCUGCUCAUCUUCUUCCUCUUCAUCGGAGUCAUCCUCUUCUCCAGCGCCGUCUACUUCGCAGAGGCUGACGAUGAUGAUUCGCUCUUUCCCAGCAUCCCAGAUGCCUUCUGGUGGGCAGUGGUUACAAUGACCACAGUAGGUUAUGGGGACAUGUACCCCAUGACCGUUGGAGGCAAGAUUGUGGGCUCACUCUGUGCCAUCGCUGGGGUCCUCACCAUCGCCCUACCAGUGCCGGUCAUUGUCUCCAACUUCAACUACUUCUACCACCGGGAGACCGAGCAGGAGGAGCAAGGCCAGUACACCCACGUCACGUGUGGGCAGCCUGCACCGGACCUGAAGGUGGCCGACGGUGGACUUGGCAAGCCUGAAUUCUCUGAGGCUGCCCGGGAGCGCAGACCCAGCUACCUUCCCACUCCACAUCGGAUGUAUGCAGAGAAAAGGAUGCUCACUGAGGUCUGACUGAUGCAGGCAGGUUCUACACGAGAAGGGUGACACUGAGCAAAUAAUUUCUUAGGCUGCCUUCUCGUUUUCCAUGACUCUCACCUGAACUCCGGUUGGCUCCCUGACUCCUUCCCUUCCCCUAGUGCAUGGCGUCCAGGACCAAACACCUGGACUGUCAACCUUGUUACUUGGGCCCCUGCAGCAUUCAAGUUUUAGCCAUCUAAGUGAUAUUUUUGAAAUUCUAAUGGUGCCACCCAUUCAUGCCAUCUUCUGUUAUGUGGAUGAGAUUUCUGUCUGACUUUCCUUCAAGAUUCUGGUUUUUUCAAGUCUGAGACUUCUAACAGCUGUAGGUACAGAGAUGCCAAUAGGAUGGAAACCAGGUUAUUCCUGGGUCUCUUUUCUCUCCUCAGUGCCCUUUGCUUUGGGGCAUGCACCUGUCUUAACUUCUGGCCAGGCGGUACCUGGCAGAAGCUGGAGGAAAGAGACAGGACUCAUCUUGCUGCUUUAUUCCAGGGCCCUGUAACACCUGCUGGUCAUCCUGUAGAAGACCCGUUAGAUGCACAGUCUCAAGUGGAAUUAGAGAAACUGCAAUUAAACUUGGCCAUUUGGAGGACGUUAGUGUGAGUCCCGGACCAGAGGGGCCGAUGUUUUCUCCCAGGUGUGUUCUGGCACAGUAGACACCAGGCUUUGGUCUACAUUUAGUGCCCCCGACUCUGAGCCCCUGACUCUCUCUCCCUUCCAGGAAGGUUCUUUCUCAGAUCCAAAUGCUCGGUGUGCACGUGCCUUCCUGUGCAGAGGGACUAGCAAAAGGCAACCACGGAGCCGGGAGAAAUGGUCGAAUAGAGUCAGGCAGCUGGCAUGUCCAUGUCAUCUGAAGAGAGGUGGCACUUAAACAGAUGCUGUCAUCUCAGAGGGGCAGUGGACUGUUGUUACAGAUGGCAAGUUUCUCUCCCUCGCUUCUCCCCAACCUCUCUAGCCCUCCACCCUUCUUCUUGGGAAUUUGAUUUAGAACAGUUGAAGGCUUUCUAAAAACAACUCCAGCUUAGACCUGCAGACAGGUAAAGCACACAUUGGAUGCUAGUGUGGGUGUCUUCCCAUCUUGUUGGGAAUGGAAUAGUUGGUUUAGAGUAAGGAGGAAGCUUUAUGUCUUUGCUGACAACCACACAAUUAGAGGUUUUUGGCUGAGUCAAGCAAACACUCGCCUGCUCUGCCCCUCAGAGCUGCAGCCGACUUGCUCUAACUGGUAAGGUAACUUGGUGGUGUCACCACCACCUGGACUAAGCCAUCUCCUUCCAUCGUGAAAUUCCUGCCUUCCAUCACACUGCCCACUUCCCCUCACUUCCCUCCUGGUAACACCAUCAUUUGUUUGUUGCCUUGAUAAACUGUGAUGUACUGUUCUGAGCUCUUUUGGGUACAGUUCAGAAACCAAAAGGACUGUUAACAUAUUUUUAAUUUUAUAUCUAUGCUUUAAGACUCUUGGAUAAGAUUUUUUUUUUCUAAAUUAUUUUCUU